GGUUCCAACAAUAGAAAGCAGACAGAGCAGAGGUGGAUUCACGUGGAUUGUAAGCAGGAUCGCUGUAACCUUCUACAAACUCAUAAAAGCGCUCGUGUUUUUUUUUUCCCAUGCAGAAAGACAUUUGUUUAGAUUUGCUUGAUUCCUGAUACGGAUGAGAAAUUGUCCUAUAGGUUAAUCAGUGCGGAUGUUUUGGAUGAAUGCUGGGAGCGCAUCUGUGACAUCCACAAGCUGCAUUUCAGCCAUGAGAAGAGAAGUCCUUAGAGUGGAAUAGGAACUGCGGAAAAAGUGACAGGGAUACAGGAAUACCUACAGAGCCCAGAGAAGGAUGGAAAAAUAAACUGAAGAUUUUAUAGGUACGGCUGUCGCAGGUGAUCGUGGAGUGAGGGAAGAUGCCACUGGUAAAGAGGAGCAUCGAGCCGAGGCACUUGUGCCACACGGCGUUGCCCUGUAGUAUUAAAAACGAGCUGGAGUGUGUCACCAACAUCUCGCUCGCCAACGUUAUACGCCAGCUCAGCAGCCUCAGUAAAUAUGCAGAGGACUUGUUUGGGGAGCUCUUUAAUGAAGCACAUGCCUUCUCCUUCCGAGUCAACUCCUUGCAAGAGCGUGUGGACCGUCUGUCUAUCAGUGUGACACAGCUUGACCCUAAAGAGGAGGAGUUGUCUCUGCAGGACAUCACCAUGAGGAAAGCGUUUCGCAGUUCCACCAUUCAGGACCAGCAGCUAUUUGAUCGUGAGUCUCUACCCAUCCCGAUGCAGGAGACGUUCGACCUCUGUGAACAGCCUCCGCCCCUCAACAUUCUUUCGCCCUAUAGGGAUGAUGGGAAGCAGGCUCUGAAGUUCUACACUAACCCAUCCUACUUCUUUGACCUGUGGAGGGAGAAGAUGCUGCAGGACACUGAGGACAAGAGGAAGGAAAAAAGGAAGCAAAAGUUUGAGGUGCCUUAUCUAACUUUUCUGCAGGGUUUUAUGGGUAGCCCCCAUGAGCCUCUUCCUUUCAUGCCUGAGUUACAGGAUCCUCGCUUGUAUGAUCAGGUCUAUAAGUAUUUAGACCUUCCAGGGCAGCUAAAGAACAUCGAUCGUCCCGCAGAACCAGAGAAGGUACCACGAGCUCCUCAUGAUCGCAAAAAGGAGUGGCAGAAACUGGCUUUAGGGGCAGAGCUGGCAGAAGAUGACACUGAAGAGAAACACAAAGACACUAGCAAUGGCUUGGCACCCUACCAUGACCCCAGGCAAAUGUACAUGGAUCAUUUGGAUGGUUCGUUCUCUCUGGCUGCUUUGCCAUACUCUCAGAUGAGCGAGCUGCUCAACCGCACAGGAGAACGCAUGUACGGCCGACCUCACGAGCCUCCACCUCCUCCACCUUCACACCCUGCAGACAUCAAGCCUGCCUCCGCCAUCAGCUCCAGUUCAGGUUUCUCUGACAGUCGUCCUCAGUCCCCGGCCCGCACUCCUGUCUUCUUGAACCCCAAUGCUCCACCACCUCCUCCUCCCCCACUUCCCCCACCCCCUCCUCCUCUCCCAUCCACUGUAUCGGGUUCAAGCAUGCGCAGCACACCGCCACCCCCAAUCCCACCAUUACCAUCCCAGCUACCCCUUGCUAUUCCCCCUCCUCCUGCACCCCUUCAGAUUGCCCCUGGGGUAUUACACCCUGCCCCUCCUCCCGUGGCUCCACCUCUUCAUUCUUCUCCAGCCCGACUACAGCAGGACAAAGUCUUGCUCCCUGGCAUGGGAGACGGCACUGUCUUACCUCCUCCACCCCCGCCUCCUCCUCUGCCCCACCCAGGGGCCCGAAGUUCCCCCCCUUGUCAGCCUCCAGGUCCACCCCCUGUGCCUUCAUUCCCGGUUUCGUCUCCGCCCACUCACUCGGGUCACGAAGUCAAGAGACAUCCAUCAAACCUGCCACCAAUCAGCGACGCACGCAGUGUCCUGUUAGAAGCCAUUCGUAAAGGUAUCCAGCUGAGGAAGGUUGAGGAGCAAAGGGAACAGGAGGCUAAGCAUGAGCGAGUGGGCAAUGACGUAGCCACUAUCUUGUCCCGACGCAUCGCUGUGGAGUACAGCGACUCAGAAGAUGACUCUGAGUUCGAUGAGGUUGACUGGAUGGAGUGAGAGAAAAGAAGAAGGGAGAGACAAGCUGAAUAUUUAGGAGGGAAUGAUUAAGAAAUUACCAUUUUAAGUAAAAAUUGUGUCUCAUUUUCUCUAUGUUCCCUUUCCACGGUUCUCCAUGUGGUAUGUUUCAGGAAACUUUGUGUCUCCAGUUGUCUUUUUUCAGGAUGUUUUCUCUCAUGUUUUUUAUACAACAUAAUUCAACUUAUGUUGAUGUUCUCAAGGUUUUCUAAUGCUUCGAUUUUACAAUUAAUGGAAAUAAAUCAAAUGUUGUAGCUCAUUUCGAAGGAAGGACCACUGUUUAGUGUUAUGUAAAGGAGCAAUGCAUCUUUAGCAUCUUAUUCAAUUCUAAGGCGAUGCUGCCACCAUCUGGUGUUUUUUUUUUUGUUUGUUUUUUUUACUUCAUUUUAUUUUACAUGUGUAAGGUAGACAUUUCACAUUUUAAAUAAAUAGGCCAAUAAACGUCUACGUGAAAUGAGGGCAUGAUCCAUUAAAAAGAAAAGGAAAAAAAAGCUAAUGUUCUCAUUACAAUAAUUUAACAUAUCUCUGAGCAAUAUGUACUGUCAUUGUAUGAUUUUAAUAAGAAAGAAAAAAAUGUGGUUAAGAUGCUCGUUUACUGUAAAGAUGUGACAAAAAAUAUCAAAAAAAACAAAAGCGUAAGGUGUUUAAGUGGUGCCGACAGAUUAAGACAAGAUGUUGUGUUUUAUCAGGGUUCUAGCAUUCAGAGGGCUCUACAUGGUGUAUUUAAACCAAUAAGGAAUCAGACCACUACAGUAUCAAAUGAAAAGACCUGGCCAUACAUGUCUCCUUCUCCUGCCUUAUGGUUUGUAUAGACGUGUUGUUAAGUUGAUGAAUGUACUGUGCUGUUACUACUUUUUGCCUGCAUUUCUAAACAUUAGCUGUUUCUAUGUUCCAGACAGGAAAAUAAAAGAAGAAGAAACAACAACAAAAAAAGAACGAAUAAAAUUUUAAGGUGUACACCUUGUAACUUAUGUAACUGUUUAAUUCGCUUGAAUUAAUAAAAGCUAAUGUUAUGUUAAAGGUU